CAGUGGUUUUCUUCCAAAACAGGUGCGCGCUCUGCCUGCGAUCAUUAUCAUCAGCGGUUGCAUCAUUUGGGAGUACCUUUCGUUUCACCCUAUAUGACGUAUAUCAAAACAGCUCAAAAGAUGGCGACAGGUCGUGAGACAAGAAGUAAUCCAGUUCCCAAAUUUGUGGUCGGAGAAAAGGUUCUUUGCUAUGAGCCAGAUCCAAACAAGGCCCGAGUGUUGUACGAGUCGAAGGUUCUGGAAGUUGACAUCACAAAAGAUGACAAAGGAAAACGAGUUCCAGAAUAUUUUAUCCAUUUCAAUGGUUGGAACAGAAGCUGGGAUCGCUGGGUUGUGGAAGAUCAAGUUCUGAAAGAUUCAGAAAACAACAGAUCACUCAUGUCUAGACUCCAUGAGCAAGCACUGAAAUCAAGGGUGAAAAAGAAAAGGAGGUUGACACAAGGUUCAGAGAGUAAGGAUUCUGAUGGCAUUAACAAAUCUGAAGCAAAAUCUAUUUCAGAAGUGGUCGAAAACCCAGAGCUACCUAAAGUUGAAAUUGAAAUACCAAGCCAGCUUAAGCUGAAACUAGAAGAUGACUGCUAUUUUAUUAAAAGAAAAAAGAAGCUUGUACAGCUGCCUAGGACACCGAAUGUUGCUCAAGUUCUAAAUAAUUAUUUCCAGCAUUAUCAGGACUUCUAUCCUGAGCAGAGCUCAAACUUGAUUAAGGAAGUUAUGGAUGGUCUUCGCAUAUAUUUUGAUUUCACUCUUCCCACAUUGCUUCUCUACAACUUUGAACGGGAACAAUACCAGAUGGUCAUGAAACUCACUCCACACCCAGCAGAAACUAAAGAAGGACAUCAAGAUGAGUUGAAUGGAAAAAUAUCAGGAGAGGAUAAAUAUGGAGUAGUGAGUUCAUCCACGGAGAGCUCGCCCAUCAAGCAAGAGUUUACAAAUUUGUUCACAAAUCAAACAGAAACCAAGGAAGGAGAGGCCAAGCAAGAACGUCUGCUUCGUCGCCGUGCACCUAGAAAUCCACCAGCUAAUCUUGAAGCUUCCCAGUCUGCAACAGUGUCAUCCACCUCGUCAAGCCCGGAAUGCAAUGCUACUACAGUAAAACGGAAAGCAGCGGAGAUGGAAGACAGUCAGUUACAACUUUCCGAUGCUCCUUUACCAGCGAGUGCUUUUCCAACUUCGCCAAUUCCCAGCUCGCUGAGUGUCUUCACACACACGAUGCCCUCUCAAAUCUAUGGAGCGGAACAUCUAUUAAGAUUAUUCGUUAAACUUCCCGGUUUGCUAGCGAGAACAGACAUGCCUGAAAAGAAUCUAUGUGCGCUUCUGGAACAGAUUAAUACUUUCCUCAAAUAUCUCGCCGAGAAUUCACACACUUUCUUCCCAGAGCAGGUCUAUUACAACUCUCUACUGUGACAAGAGGCUUUCCCUUUGCCGACUCUUCGUUUGGUUUUGUUUUUUUGUCCAUUAGAGUUUCUGAUCAUUCUUCAACUUGAGCCAAACUCCCUUGCACUGAUGUCGCCUUUGUGUUUCUCGUCGACCGACCACCGUUCAUCUCAAGGCGGAUCGGAAUGGGCCCGAUAAGAUGUGACGCAAACGAAGCAAUUUAGCUUUGUUACAGUGUAAAUAUCGAUCUAUGAAAGUUCUGUUCUAGUAUGUUUCUCAAAUGUAGCCUCUUUUGCAGAGUUCUCACACCAGACAAGGAACUUAAUUGUGAGAUGCGAAGCAAAACACUUCCCUUCUGAAGUCUCCGUCUUGCGUAACUGUAAAUAUAUUUUCACACGUAUUCCUGAUAAACUUUAGGUUAUUUAUGACUUUUUGUUCUAGAGAACAAUGUAUCUCCUCUGUUAAAACACUGUUCGAUGUUAAUAAAGAGAAAUCCCUUUGACGUA